AUGCGGCACUCUGGGAUUCCUACAAACACCCAUCAGGAGGGGUGCGCCGCCCGCCACUCGGACACGGCCGGGCACCCGACUUUUCAGAUAAGAGCAUUCAGUACGGGCUUGAGAAACCAUGUGAUGGUCAUGGAUUUCGUGAAGAGUAACUGGUUCCCCGCCCAGAGAAGAGCCCAAGUCUGCAUCAUCCAGAUGUACCAAGGCCUGGAGACGGCCGAGCGGGCGGCCAGCAGAUAUGAGAUCCACAGUCGGCUCUUCUCGUCCCCCAAAGAUCAUUCCGCUUGGGAAAGAAAUGAAGGUCUUUCACACGCAGGAUUACGGGACAACCGGUACACUACAAAUGAUCGAAUCACCCUUAAACAUCUUCAGUCUGAUGUUACAGAGAAGAAAUCUGACUUCACCGAGGAGACUCUGGCAUCGCAAAACACAAAAAUGAUUUCAUCCAUAGUCAUUUCACAGCUGAUUGAUGAGAAUAAAUCAAAGGCAACCCGGGCUGCGCUGCAGGUGCCCUACGCUCCCACCCCGCGCGCGCAGCCACAGGCCUCCGUGGGCCUCCCUCCCGGGGAGCCCGGGCCCCCAAGGGGCUUCGCGUCCAUCACCAUCACGGCCCGGCGCGUGGGCCCCCCAGCCGGCAGCCUGGCGUGGGAGGCCCAGGGCGCUCUGCUCGCGGAACCCUGUGCACCCGCCGCACCCCGUGGGCACCAGGGACCGUGCACCUGCGCGGAGCUCUCCAGAACCUGCUCUGUGAUGCGCCUGAAGGUGCCUGAGACGCAGCCCCGGCUGUGCGAGGCCCACAGGUACUGGGUCACCAACCUGGAGGACGCCCCGGAGGACGCCUUUCCUCCCAGUGCCCCACAGGCGGGGAAGGGGCCGCUGGUGUUCAGCUCCUGCGUGCACCUCAGGGUGUCCCAGCAGUGCCCGAGCUCUGGCGGCUACCUAGACGGGGUCCUCCCCGGCCCGGCUCAGCAGCCUCAACAUGCAGGCCCCAAAAUGCACAGGUCGGUCCUGUCGCUCCACCUGAGCUGCAGUUCCCACAGAUUGACGCCAGAUGGAGCAGAUGGCCCAGCUAACGGGGUGCCCCUCUGCAGCGCCUUGAAGCAGGAGCUCACCCAGGGGAGCCCGGACCUGCCAGGCCGCCGCUGGAACCCAGGUUUGCAAGACAGUUUCUUGAAGGAAAACCAAGCGUUGGAGCAGGUGCAUCUGGGGCCCUCCGCCUGUCCUUGCAGUGGCUCACGUCGGGUGGAAGAUCGAGCAUUCUCGGACGUGGGAGUUAACCAGGUCACUGUAAGCAAAGGGAGAGAGGACUACCCAGCCUGUGGCCCGGGGCGCGGUGCCAGCCAGCUGGCCAUUCACAUUCCCGGCUGGAGUUACACGGCAGUAGAGACAAAGGUAUUUUCUGGAAGCAGCAAGAAGCAACUGAGAGAAGCACGUGUGACUUUGUCUGCUCCCCCAGUGGAACACAAGCUGGUUAAAGAUUUCCUUCCCGAUGAGUAUAGCUCUCCAAGCAACUGCUGUCAGUCUAGCAACUUCUCUGAGCCUUCAGAGAGUCAACAGCAAAGCCUCCUGAAAUCCAGAAUCCCUUUAUCCGGGUUUCUUUGCCCCUUACAAGAUUUAUGCACACCUCCACAGGAAGACCGUGGUGUUCAGAUAGAAAGAGAGUUCCCCAAAGGGGAUUACAAGUGCUGUGACUUGGUUGUGAAAAUAAAAGAAUGCAGGAAGAGUGAGGAGCCCGAGCCAGCACCCCCCGAACCGGCACCCCCCAAACCAGCGCCCCCUGAGCCACCAGAGACCCCUGACCUGUCUGAAGACCAUUCUGAGGGUCAGCGAACACCUGUAGGUUCCUUGACCCUGCAGGAAGCACUGGAAACCCGUAAACCCCAGUUCAUUUCUCGCUCCCAAGAGCGGCUGAAGAAGCUAGAACAUAUGGUACAGCAGAGAAAAGCGCAGCGGAAGGAGAACCUGGGGCAGAAGCAGACCCUCUUUCCCGUCCGCGCCAACAAGAAGCAGUUCACGGUUCCCCACCCCCUUAGUGAUAACUUGUUCAAACCCAAAGAAAGGUACAUUUCAGAGAAGGAGAUGCACAUGCGAUCUAAAAGAAUCUAUAAUAACUUGCCGGAAGUUAAAAAGAAAAAAGAGGAACAAAAGAAGAGAGUGAUCUUACAGAGUAACCGACUCCGCGCUGAGGUCUUCAAAAAGCAAUUACUGGACCAGCUCCUUCAAAGGAACGCGGUCUAACCACAGGCUGCCCUGCUGACCCGCUACCUGGCCCUGGGAUGACUUCAAACACUGGAUCAAGCAUUAAACUUAGCAUUAUCUUCAUCAUAUGAAACACUUUUUUUUUUUUUUUUUUUUUUUACCCAUAAGGGAAAACAUAGCUUCCUGAAUUGCUUACCCAAACCGCACAGAAACAGUAACCCUUGAGGGAGCGGGUCGGCAGGCCAUCAAGGGGUGACCCACGUGAUGUGAACCGGUAGGAACAGGCUCCUCAUUUUUCCAAUUUGGAAUUGACCUUUGGCUUCUGAUGUUUGCCCCCACCAUUCCCACUGAGGCAGAAAGGCCUUACACGGUUCCACGGGCCUAGAUCCCAGGGGGUUAUUUUUGUUCAUCGGAUUUUUGGUACCCGCAUCUAUCACUUUUUCGGUGUCAGUCCCAAUAUUUGCCAGUUCAGCCAACUCCAGACUUUGGGUCAGCACCCAGGAUGUUUAAAAACUCCCUGGAUGUGUGGGCCGCGUGCUGCUGGAAGCUGACCGUGGACGCAAGCAGGUGCUCCGUCCGGGACUCGGGAACGUGCAGUCUGUUUGUCUGUGACCCCGGGGUGGGCAGGGCCGUCCUCACUACCCCACCCCACUCUGACUGCUUCUCUCCAUUGAUAGAAAGUCUGUUUCCACAGGAGCUAGGGGAGCAGAAUCGGUGGGAGAAAAAUUAUAGGUAACUUCAGUGUUUCCUGCAAAGCCCCCUCCUCCCAAAACAAAAGCUGUGUUGCUAAAGGUGGCCUGAGGGCCCCGGCUCUGCCAUUUGCUCUUCCAACGUUGACGAUGUUCAUUAUUUAUACAUGUGUGUUUGGGGAGUUAAGAACUAACUAGUUUUUUAUCAAAAAUGGAAAUA